ACAUGCUAAUGGGUGUAGCUCAGAGAAAGUGAUGUUCUAAAGAUAUAUAUGUGUGUGUGUGUGUGUGUGUGUGUGUGUGUGUGUGUGUAGCGGAGUUUGAGAAUAAUGCAGACGCACGCUCAGGUUUGUGCUAUGCCGAAAAUGCACAAGACAACAAAGCACUGUGGGAGCAGCUUACAACGGCCAAAAAGAUGGUUACCCAUGCCUCGCCUGUCAAUCAGACGCCGGCUUGGUCAGCUUCCUCCCAAAUUGCUGCGGCUGCACUCCUGGAAACUACUCAGACCCUUUGCAAAGGCUGGGCUCAGCCCUACUAGCAGAGUUAGCAAGGCCAUGUACAGCAGAGCUCCUACCCGUCUCUUAUCACGUCUCUGGGGCCUCCUGAAUGAGGUCUGCCUCCCUCGAUGGCUACGUCUCCCACUUCUCUCGAUUUAUGUGUGGGCUUUCUCUGUCAAUAUGUCUGAGGCAAAAGAGGAAGAUCUAAAUCGAUAUCAGAACUUGGGUGAACUUUUCCGAAGACCACUAAAAGCAGCAGCAAGGCCCAUUGCCUCUCACCAGGUGGUCAGUCCUUGUGAUGGUCAUAUCUUGCACAGCGGCCGUAGUCGUGGAUCUCAGAUUGAGCAGGUUAAAGGUCUUACUUAUUCACUGGAGAACUUCUUGGGACCCCAAGACUGGCGAGAACCUUCCAAUUCGAACCUCCCAUUCCUGCAGCAACUGGGAGUGCGUCCAGCCAGUCGACUGUAUCACCAUGUUAUAUACCUGGCUCCUGGUGAUUAUCAUCGAUUCCACUCUCCAACAGACUGGAGCAUCCAUCACCGAAGACACUUCCCAGGUACCCUGCUCUCCGUCAGCCCCCAUGUUGCGCGAUGGAUACCCAGCUUGUUCUGUCAGAAUGAGCGAGUCGUACUCAGCGGCCAGUGGCAGUUUGGGUUCUUCUCACUCACUGCAGUUGGUGCAAUAAAUGUAGGAUCUAUCCGCAUAUAUGGAGACCAGGAGCUGCGGACAAACCAACCUCGACACGUGAAAGGAAAGUAUCAUGAUGUCAGUUACACAGAUCUCUAUGGUGUGGGUGGUCUUACAUUGGCAAAAGGAGACCCCUUGGGGGAGUUUAAUUUUGGCUCCACUAUAGUGCUAAUUUUUGAAGGUCCACGUCACUUCCACUUCCAGGUCAAGAACGGUGGUCGGAUCCAUGUGGGGGAAGCACUAGGAACUCUGUGACCUUAGCAAGGUGUGAUCACACUCCCAGCAUGCACUAGGUCAGAGCACUCCCUUUCAAACUCAUAUGAGCAGAAACAAACUGCCAUUUUAUCUUAAUAAAUACAUUUGAAAACAAA